CAACUCAUGUAAAGGCUCUGUUUAGCCCCGCAACCAGAACUCUCUUUCUCUGUCUGAGGAGGCACAAUGGCGGGAAAGCAAAUCGCCGGCGAUGGAUUAUCGGCGAAUAUCGCCGGAAUGUCGAAGAACCAGCUCUACGACAUCAUGUCUCAGAUGAAGGCGCUAAUCGAACAGAACCAGCAACAAGCGAGACAGAUCCUCGUCCAGAAUCCGCUUCUCACCAAAGCUCUUUUCCAGGCACAGAUAAUGCUCGGAAUGGUGCAGCCGCCUCAAGCGAUUCCAAACAUCCAGCCACCAGCAUCGCAGCAUCCUCAGCAGUCAGCUCAACCUACUCAGCUUUCAAAUAUUCAGGCUGGUCGUCCAUUGCCAGGUCAAGUGGGUAUGCAAGACCAAACAGGUGCAUCACAAAUCCAAGCUCCUCCACGAGAGCAGCAGCAUCAGAAUCAGCCUGCAAUCCCUAUGUCUUCUGCUGCAGUAAAUAUUCAAUCUCAACCCAUGCCUUUUCACCCCUUGCAGACACCACAACCACCUAAGGGACACUUAAAUCCCCAAGUUGCCCCUACAUCUCUUCCCCAAUCCUCUCAAUUGCCUAACAUACCUGCACUACCUCUUCAUCAUUCUUCACAGCCGCCUCCACUUCAUCAACCCCAGAUGCCCACUUCUUCCGGCCAGUUGCAACAGCCAUUACAGAGUGGUGGAAUUCCUCAUAUGCAGCUGCAACCACCAUUGCCACCGCAACCAAGACCACCUACAAUGCCAAAUUUCCAUCAUCAGUAUCCCCUGCAAAUGGGAGGUAAUAUGGGUUUUCAGCAUGGUGGGGCUCCUCAGCAUCUUUCACAGCCCAUGUUUCAUCCAGGAUCUAAACCUCCUUCUAGCAUUGGGUCUUCAUUCCCUCAUGGACAGCCACCACUAUCAAAUCAACCACCAGGUCCACCACCUCAAUCAGCGUAUCAGCCUGGAGGUAUGCAUUUAGGAACAGAGUUCAACAAUCAAAUGGACAGAGGAUCUGGUUGGAUGUCUGGUGCACCAGAGAAUCCCGCACUACCACAGCUUUCAGGGCCACCAUCGUUAAUUCCUGGUCAGAUGGGUCUUGGCAAUCCGUCUUCUCGUCCCCCAUCAUUGACUCCUGAGAUGGAGAAGGCACUGCUUCAACAGGUCAUGAGCUUAACACCUGAGCAAAUCAAUCUUCUUCCUCCGGAGCAAAGGAAUCAAGUGCUACAGCUCCAGCAGAUCCUACGACAAUGAAAAUCAGUGAAUUAGUUACUUUGGAUGGAAGAAAAAAAACAGCUGGAUGGACCUCAGAACUCCAAACUUCUGCAGUUAUGAUGCUGAAAUUUGAAUGUUAUUCUUGGUUAACCCAGUUGAUUUUGGCUGCUGUUGGGAAUGAUCCUGAAGUUGAUUCGUGAUUGACAAAAACAAGUCUGGAUUUAUCAUAGGAAAUGACAAUUUUGCUUCUACCUAGUUCUCGUGUUGAGGCUGUUUUUGAUUCGUCUGUCAAUUUGUAUUUCUAUUUUACCGAUCACAUCCUGUUCAUGCAUGGGGCUACAUAAUUUUUUCUUUUUAUGUUGUUUAUUGUGGUCGAUGUGAAUGUGGUUGUAUUAAUAUAGCACUUUAGACAUUUAAACAGACGUGGUGCUCUAUAGCGUCUCUGAUAUUUAAGCCACAUGGUGUUCUUUA